AUGGAAUCAUACCUUACCCAAGGGUAUUUGUUCGUAAGUGAAGGUCUUUUUAUAUCUAUCUAUCUAUCUAUCUAUCUAUCUAUCUAUCUAUCUAUCUAUCGCGGUUUUUUUAUAUCUGCUUUUUUUCCUUCUCUCUCUCCCUCAGUUUAUUCAUAUCUACCUUUUUCUAUCUUUCCUUCUCUCUUUCUAUCAAUCUUUUCAUAUCUAUCUAUCUAUCUCGGUCUUUUCAUAUAUAUCUAUCUUUCUAUCUUUGUUUCCCUCAGUCAUUUCGUAUCUAUCUUUCUUUCUAUAUAUCUCUAUAUGUAUCUUGUCAUAUCUAUCUAUCUAUCUAUCUAUCUAUCUAUCUAUCUAUCUAUCACCGUCUUUUUACAUCUAUCUAUCUAUCUAUCUAUCUAUCUAUCUAUCUAUCUAUCUAUCUAUCUAUCUAUCUAUCUAUCUCCGUCCGUCUUUUCAUAUCUGUUUUUCUUUUCUUCUCUCUUUACUUCAGUUUUUCAUAUCUAUCUUUUCUAUUUCGCUCUCUCUCUCUCUCUCUCUCUCUCUCUCUCUCUCUCUCUAUAUAUAUAUAUAUAUAUAUAUAUAUAUAUAUCAAUCUUUUCAUAUCUAUCUAUCUAUCUAUCUUUCAGUUUGUUCAUAUCUAUCUUUUUCUAUCUAUCUUUCUCUCUCACUCUCUCUCUCUCUAUAUAUAUAUAUAUAUCAAUCUCUUCAUAUCUAUCUAUCUAUCUAUCUAUCUAUCUUUCAGUCUGUUCAUUUUCCAUCCUUUUAUUCUGA